AUGAGCAGAAUCUGCAUAUCGGACUGUGUGAAUGACGCGAGAACUCCGGUCAGGGCCAAUUAUGUCAACCUCUACAAGUGGCCGGAGUCCGACGCCGAGUUCGUGAAGUCCGCCGCGGACCACGGCGGAGCCCGGCUGCAGAGUAGGGUGGUGGACAGCGUUUCAUGCAGGCAGAUGUACCUCCGAAGCUACACGUUUUCGAGAAAGGAGACGGUGCCUGAAAGAACCAUGAAAUGUUUUGUCAAGGUGAGGGAGAGGGUGGUUGCCGGAAAAAAGGAGAAGGGAGAUGUCCCGUGGAGGAGGAGGAACGGCGGCCGGCGGCGGCGCGUUGUGCUGAGGAGAGUCAAGGAGUAUUCAAGUUCGGUGUUGUCUGCCGCGUUCCGGCGGCUGCUGUUUUGCUCUGCCACCGUAGAUGUUAUGGAUCACGGCAUAUAG